AUGUACAGGGAUCUAGAUGAAGGCAGUGCGUACCUGGGCUGUGUGGUCUGGUGCGAGGCGCGGGAGAAGAAAAGUGAGCGGGCGGAGGCACAGGAAGAAAAAACCACGUCCCAGGCUUCCCUGGUUUUAUCCCGGCACGACAAACUCCUCCACCACACGAAAAGAACUUCUUCAACCAAGAACGCCACGAAUCUCAGCCUGGUGGCGAUCUGCAACAGCGAGCCCACGUCGAAGAGCAUCAUCGCUGGUGCGAUCAAGGCGGUGGUGUUCGGUGUCGAUCCGACCAGCGCCACGAGCGACCCCUUCGGCAGCGGGUAUGGCCGGUGCUACAGCGUGGCCCUCUCGGGAGCCGAGCUCUGCCUGGCCUACUACAUGGAUGCGCUCGACCGCCCGACCUACGCCUUCUACCACAAGCUCGAUGCGCUGUUUGAGCUCUCCGUCGCCAAGGCCCUGCACACGGGCAAGCUCAAGCUCGAGGCCCUCGGGCAGCGCCUCCGUUCGAAGGGCCUCGCCGUCGAUGUCGUCAUCGACUGCGCGCUUCAAGUCGUCGCGUCGGCCCACCAGAAGUGCGAGCUCGUGACGUGGAGGCUGAUGGAGGGCAAGGCCUACACUCUGAAGCUCGACGACGCUGGCACGCUCGCGUUCACCAUCAACAUGGACGACUACUGA